GAUCCUCUCAAUCAAUCAACAUCUUUCGCACUCUUCGAGUGACGACGACAUUCCUUUUUCAUUAUCAACUUACCCCAGUCAUUCGUUAUCCACGAUCUUUUUAUACGUAAUAUUUAGCUCUACUAAUUCAUCACAAUGAAGUACGCUAUCAUCUUCGCUGCUACCGCCGCAGCCCACCAGGCCUACGGCGGAUAUGGUGCCGAUGCUCACUCCAGCGUCGAGCCAAGCACAACCGCAACCCCCAUUGGCUACACCACCGUUGUUCCCGGCUAUGGCAAGCAGCCGGUCACCGUGACCACCCAGCACCAGGCGUACCCAACCUGUGUGACUCCUGCUUAUGGCGACAAGGGCUGUGCCAAGUGGGGAGAGGACACCUACGUCUCCACUGUCAUCAAGGACUACGACAACAACUACGCUACUGUCACCAACACUGAGCAGCCAGUCGUUGUCUACCACACCAAGACGACCAUUACUCACUCUGCUACUGGAACUGGUGGCUAUGCUGCUCCCACUGGCACUGCCUCCAAGAACGGCACUGCUGACUGCUGGUACGAGCUUUAUGAGAAGAUUGAGGAGGUUCCAUACAAGAACCUUGGCCCCAAGGCUCUUCCCGGAUACAGUGGCUCUGGUCUCUACACCAAGGGUGACAAGGAGCAGCCCGUUCACGUCAAGGAGUACAAGGGUGGAAAGUGGUCCGAGUACGAACAUGUCUACUCCCAUGGCGAGCCCAAGCCAGAGGUCAAGGUUUACGAGAAGCCUGGCGUCUACGUCGUCCCCAGCAAGGACAUGGUAGUCGAUCACCCUGUCGACCACCCUGCUGAGGCUACCACCACCGCCAAGGCUGGUGAGACCUGCACCUACGGCGGACAGUCCGUCACUGCCACUCAGACUGGCUACAUCACUGCUCCCUAUGCUGGCUACAAGACCAAGGUUGAGGGUGACAAGACCAUGACCGAGACUGUCAUCGAGUACACCACCAUCUACGCCUCGACCACCGGUACCUACGAGGUCACCAAGCCCACGACUACCGUCUACGACCACGACACCGAGGUCACUUACCCCACUGCCCAGCACUACGACGCCGGUGUCUACCACCAGCCGGCCCAGACUGUCACCAUCACCUCUGCUGGCCAGGCUUACACCUGCGAGUAUGAGAAGACCAAGGCUACUCCCUCGCCAAUGGUCCCUGGACACGGCAAGGCCUACGGUGGAAACAGCUACGGCUCUUACCCAGCCCAUAAUAGCUCUUCCAUCGCCUACGGCUCUUACCCAGCUGCUUCAACCCCUGCUGCCCAUGGUUCUUACCCAGCUGCUUCCUCCCCAGCUGCUUACGGCUCCUACCCAGCUGCUUCCAGCCCAGCUGCAGUCCACUCCAAGCCAGCCCACUACGGUGGUAACAACUAUGGUGCUUACUCCGCCUCUACCAUGAGCACCGUCCCCGUCCAGGCCUACUCCACUCCCGCUGCUCAAUACCCUGCUUCUUCCAGCCCAGCUGCCUACGAGCACUCUUACCCAGUAGUCUCCUCCCCAGCUGCUUACGGUUCCUACCCGGCUGCCUCUUCCCCAGCUGCCUACCAACCCGCCCCGGCUGUCUCCUCCCCUGCCGCCUACGGCUCAUACCCCGCUGCCUCCAGCCCAGCUGCCUACGAGAACACCCCAGCUGCUUAUGAGCCCGCCCCAGCUGCCUCCACCCCAGCUGCCUACGAGAACACCCCAGCUGCUUAUGAGCCUGCUCCAGUUGCCUCCACCCCAGCUGCCUACGAUUCCUACCCGGCUGUCUCUUCCCCAGCCGCCUACGAGGCCGCCCCAGCUGCCUCCACCCCAGCUGCCUACGAGAACACCCCAGCUGCUUAUGAGCCUGCCCCAGUUGUCUCCACCCCAGCUGCCUAUGAGAACACCCCAGCUGCCUACGAGCCCGCUGCCACCCCCACCCCCGCCGCCUAUGAGAACACUCCCUCCAAUGAAUACUCGUCUGGCUCCGAGGCAUACGGCAGCAGCGAGAAGCCAUCUGAGAGCUACUCUGACUACGCUGCUUACUAAAGCGAAUGUAGUAGUAUAAAUUAUUUCUUUCCUAGAGUUGAAAUAUGUUGAGUUUGGAAAGGUGAUUGUGAGCAAGAUGUUUGUGGAGAGGAGAGAGAGAGAGAAAGGAUAUGAAGGAAAAAGAAACGAGCAAUAGUGAAAAAGGAGAUAAGAAAUGUCAAGUGAAAU